GGUUCUCACACCAUCCAGGUGAUAUCUGGCUGUGAUGUGGAUUCCAAUGGUCUCCUCCUCCGUGGAUAUGAACAAUUCGCCUACGAUGGUGACAAUUAUAUCUUCCUGAACGAGGACCUCAGGACAUGGACAGCCGCGGACACGGAGGCAGCGCAGAUCACCAGGCAGAAGUUGGAGCAGGCUGAUGAGGCACAGAAAUACAAGGCCUACCUGGAGGGCGAGUGUGUGCAAACGCUCCUCAGAUACCUGGAGAUGGGGAACUCCAGUCUCUGCACAGGUGCGAGGGACCAAGGGCAUCUCCUCACGCUGCCUUAGGGAUGGGGCUUAGUCUUGAGGAAGAAGAGACCUAAUCUGCUGGGGUAAUACCCUAUCUCUUCUUGUGUUUAGUUUUUUUUUAAACUUUAUUACGAAAAGAGUUAAAAGAAAAAGCUACACACCAAAGUUAACCAGGACAUAGUCUAUGCCUCUCAGUAAACGUCUAUACAGUUAGAGUAACCAUUCUGAACCUGUGUAUGGUCACACUGGAUCUUACCCGUUCAAUAUGAAAUAUAUUUUAUGCAUUUAUCCAGCAACAACACAAGAAAGUCCUUGACAGAUUUAAACCUAGAGAUCACUUAUAUUUAUGUCCUGUUUCACACCUCAACUCCAUUACCUGCUUUUAGUUGUGAUUUUAUACUGUACCUGCAUGUGCAUUUGUUUACUAUGUACUUAAGGGCUCAAUAUCAUUUUGAAGAAAAAAUGAGCUCUCUGGGGGGGUUCUUUUUUUGCUUUUUGUUUGUUUGUUUGUUUGUUUGUUUUGGAUUGGGUUUGGCUUUCUGUUGGGUCCACAACCCUACUCCCCCUAGGUUUAAAGGCUUUCCACACCAUGCCAGGUUUUUCCCUCCCCCUCCUCCUCCUCUGCUCCUCCUCCUCCUCUGCUCCUCUGUCUCCUCCUCCUCUGCUCCUCUGCUCCUCCUCCUCCUCUGCUCCUCUUCCUCCUCCUCUUCCUCCUCUAAGAUAACUGUCUGUUCAGUUACCUCACCCAUUUGUGGACUGAAAAAUGUUAGUUCCUUGGUGUUUAGUAUCUGCAGUUCUCUGUAAACUGAGGGCUCUAGUCCCUUGUCUGCAGUCCAGCUGGUACAAGUUUCCUACUAUUGUGGCUUCUGUUCCCUCUGCUGAUUGUGUCCUGGGCUGUGAAGACACUAUAUCUUCAUGCUGAUGCCUGGCCUAAUUAGCUCCUGUGCUAUUGCCCUGUUAUGAGGUUCUUGUCUACCCCGGAACCAGGAAGAGUUUCCCCUAGGUUGUCUUCUUGAAGUUUGGGUGUUUCAAGGUUUGAACUUUUUUAGUCCAGCUUUGUGGAAGGCAAUAGAUGGCACAAGCCUUUAAGGCCAGCACCUAGGAGGCAGAGGCAGGUGGCUCUCUAUGACCUUGAGGCAUGAGCUCGAGGCCAGCCUGGUCUACUGAGUUCCAGGCCAGCCAGAGUUACCUAGUGAAACACUGUUUCAAAACAGAAAGGAAGGAAGGAGAGAAAAGAAAGAAAAGAACAAGUAAAACAAAGGAAGGAAGAAAAGAAAGGUGAGACUGGAAGUUCUUCUUCUGAGGUAGAAACCCAGUAUGCAGCAUUGUAUUUUCCCCAAGUGUGUGUUGUCCAUGCUGUGUCUAAAUUAAGUGUGCAUAGUUUCUCAGUUUAUUUCUGGGAACUCUAUUCUAUCCAUUUAACUUUCCCUAUUUCAUUCCAGUUUCAGGUGUAGUGGGCAUUCCAUCCUCUCUGACUUGAGCUCAGGAAGGAGACUGACCUCUUACAGGGAACACAAUGGGGAGUUGAAAGACAAAGAGCACCCUGGGCUGGCCUGGGACUGUGUGUUGCUGACUGGCCGGCUCAGCUCAAACUGGAGGAAUGAGCCCAGUGGGAAGCAGCUCAGAAUCUGUGGAACUGGGUGUAGUGCUCUGCAGUUGGACCUGGGGCAGGCAGUUUCCUCCUAACAGCACCCAGCAGGGGCCAGGGCAGGGUCUCAGGUGCACACAGAAAGGAAGAGGGCUGGAAUGGACUCACAGUUUGGUGAGGCCCAGUUGGGCUGGCUGUCGGGCAAGGUGACAACUGUGAGUCUGGUUGCAAGCAGUCCCUUGACUGCAGCUAACCACUGGCCUCCCUUGGUGCUCAAGAGGUUGCCAGGAGUCUGGGCCUGGGCAGGCAGGGGAUCUGCCUCCUGGGUAUCCGAGCUGGGAAAGCUUGGGGUUCAGUGAAAGCUCGCCAACAGCUGCAGAGGCUGAAGGCAGAUGCCCUGUGGGUGCCAAAUGUAAGGAGUUUAAGGGGGGUAUUUAGGAUUUAUUAGAAUACACUCACAAAUACACAACAAGGUACCUAGCUGCCAUGGUCUUCUGUUUUGCCCUGGGGGUGAAUGGAUCUAUAACAGUCCAAUCUCUGACACCACAGAGAGAGCUCCUCUAUCUCCAGAUAGCCCAAGGUCUUGGGAGGAGCAAAUGCACACUAGAUACAUGCAGGCUGUCCUGUCACUAUAACUCUGCAUUAUAGUUGAGGUUAGGAGUGUAAAACCUCCAGCAUUGCUCUUAAUCCUUCAGAUUGUUUGAUUUUCGUGGUCUUUUGUGAUCCCAUGUGAUUUCCUGUUUUUUUUCUAAAUGUGAACUACAUCAAAAUUUUGAUAGUGUUAUACUAUCAAAAUAUUGGGUAGUAUGACCAUUGUCACAAUGUCAACUCUGCCAGUGCAGGAGCUUGGAUUGUCUUUCCAUCUUCUGACAUUGUCUCUAUGAUUUUCUGUGUCAGAUCUUAAAGUUUUCAUUGCAGAGUUCUUCCAUUUCUUUGAUUA